GAGUGCGGGGCGGCAGGGCAUGGGGUUCAUAGCGGCAACGCUGCUGAUGAACAUGGGCGAGGAGCACGCCUUCACCUGCCUCGUCUUCCUCAUGUACCGCUGCGGCCUCCGAGGGGUCUUCCUGCCAGACAUGCAGCAGCUGCAACUGCGCAUGUACCAGCUCACCCAGCUGCUCAUCGAUGUGCUGCCGCGCGUGCAUGCCUUCUUCGAACACCUCGAAAUCAAACCCGUCAUGUACGCAGCAGACUGGUUCCUCACUCUCUUCGCUCGCACCAUGCCACACUACCUCGUCUUCCGAGUCUUCGACAUCAUUCUGGCUGAGCAGACCACAGCCAUUGUCUUCAAGCUAGCCAUCGUGCUGCUGCAGGUGUGCCGGCGGCAGUUGCAGCAGUGUCCGGAGAUGGAGUAUGCCAUGUGUCUGCUCAGAACAGAGCUGCCCGCGCAGCUCAAGGAGAUGAGCGAGGAGGACAUGGAGGAGCUGGUGUGCAAGGCCAUGCGCGUCGACCUGCCCUUCGAGAGCCUGCUCAGACUCGAAGCAGAGUAUGACUUGCUAGCAGGAGAGGCAGCAGCAGCGGCGAGGGACGUGCAGGCAGCAGCACAGGCGAGUGAGGUAGCGGCGCUCUCAUGGGCCACCAACCGACAGGAGCUUGAGACAUGCCUCUCGCAUGUCAACCAGGCCGUUGCCCAUGCUCGGCAACUGACAGCAGACAUCACAUCCGCCUCCUGCCAUCUCUCCUACUCCUCCUCUCCCCCUUCACUGCCACCCCAUGCCACUAAGAGGUCCCUCACGCCGUGGUCAACCAUGAAUGCCAUGGACGUGCACGCUGGCAGCAAUGGUGUGGGAGGGGCUACAGCGGGCAGUGAUGAAGAGCGUGCUAUGGGUGAUAGCAGUCGCGGCGGAAUUCUGCAAGCGCGGGCUCGUGGGGAAGGCUGUGUGCUGGUGAACGGGAGUGGGGCAAAGAACGUAGCAGGUUCUAGGGUUGAGCACUUGAAUGGUACUUCGUGCACGGAGGAGGGUGGACGAGCUUUGGAGGGAGCCAAGGGCGAGGUGGAGAGAGUGUGCGAGGAGGAUCUGCCUUUGGAGGAGAGAGUGGGGCGGUGGCAGGAGCGGGUGGCAGUGGUGGGGGGGAGUGGCACAGUGGGGGCGUUGAGGGAGAAGUGUGCGCUGCAGUACGAGUGGACGCAGGUGGCGGUGGCGCUGGCGAUGGUGGAGAGGGAGGUGGUGAGCAGGCUGGACAUGGGAGGCCAUGGAUCAGACCCCACAGCAGGGCUGGGAGCUCUUGUGGGCGCGCAUGAAUUGGUAGUCGUGGAGGAGGGGGGGGACGGUGGAGGGUGAAAGGAAUUUGACGAGAUGGUGAAGGAGACUAAGUACAGAAUCUGCUUGAGUCAAGCCUUGGGUAUAGUAGUAUCUCUACUACUCGAUAGUACUUGUAAGGAUCGUAAUUCUGGAAUGGUCAACUAGUAAGACAGCGGAAGUCUUAUAAGAGUGAACCUGAGCACAUGAACUUGUGGGUAGUCGAAGGUUGAAUAACCUGAGCACAUAAUU